AUGUCAUCUUUAAAAGAAGAUGAGCCUGGGGACUACAACCAUGGGAUGCUGAAGAUAACCAUCUGCAGAUCGUGCCAGAAGCCUGUGGACAAGUACAUCCAGUAUGAUUCUGUUAUCAUCCUGAUCAAUGCCAUUUUAUGCAAAGCACAGGCCUAUAGGCAUAUUCUUUACAAUACUAAGAUAAAUAUCCAUGGGAAGCUCUGCAUAUUUUGUUUGCUUUGUGAAGCAUAUCUGAGGUGGUUGCAUCUGCAAGAUUCAAGCCAGGACACUGACCCUGAUGACAUAAUAAGAUAUGCUAAAGAAUGGGAUUUCUAUAGAAUGUUUACAAUAGCUUCUUUAGAACAAAUGGCUUUCUUUAUUGCAAUUUUUUUUGGCUUGUGGCUAAUCCAGCCUGCAACACUGAGAAGAAAGUCCAACUACAUUUUGCUUCUGAAAGCACUACUUUUGUCCAGCUAUGGGAAACUCCUGCUGAUUCCAGCCGUCAUUUGGGAACACGACUAUACUCCUCUCUGCCUCAAACUCAUAAAAGUCUUUGUCAUCACAUCAAAUUCUCAAGCAAUCAGAGUGACCCUGAACAUCGAUCAAAAACACUCAUUGUUGGCCAUCCUAAGUGGAUUAGUAUUAGAAAGCAGUGGUCUGCUCUUUCCAGAGGAUGGGAUGUAGAAAGUGAUUGUUCCUUCUAUAAAACUUAAGAUUUAUCUUGAAAAUAGCAAAAGCCCCUAUGAUUCUGACUUUCAGGAAACUGCAUUAGAUGUGGACAUGAAUUCUUUUUUUAUGAAAAAUUAACCAGAUAAAGGGACAUAAUUUGCAAAGUAAUUGGAUAGACAAUGUCACUUUUCCUGGAACACUGGUUGUAUUUUGAUAUUUAAUUAAAUGGUUGUUUCUUUGUGCCCCCCCCCCAAAAAAAAGUCCUAUAUAGGCAGAAGACUGCACUCUCCAUCUCAGAUCUCAUUACGUUUUCCCACAAACUCACACUUUUCCAGAAUUCCAUUUUGGUCCAGAGCACCUCUAUUUUUUGAGUCAUUCAAGUUAACAAAUUUAAUACCAUAUUUGACUCCUUACUAUCACUCACAAGCAUAUAUCCAAUCAGUUGCCCAAUUACAUCAUUUCUAUCUAUACAACAUCUCUGCCUUGUAUUUCUUUCUACUUUCAUAGUCACCUCAGACUUAUUUAGGACCUCAUCACCUUUCACCUCCAGUAUUGUUAUAUCAAAUUUCUUUCUUCUUUUUUGAGUUUAUUUUUGUCAUUAAAAAAUUGAUUUAUCUUCCCCAUUGAGCAUAUUUCAAAACAGAAACAAAAAAAACCCAUCAAUACACAUUUAUGUUUUCUGGCAAAAAAAAACAAUAACAAACAAGCCCAGUUCCACAUUAAUCAAGUAAAAAUGUUUGUUAAGAUGUGAAUGGUAUAUUUUAUUUUCAUUCUUUUGAAAUCAUUGUUUAUCAUUUCUUAAAGAAUUCUUAAAAUCUAUUAUAGUUGCGUAAAUUGUUCUGAAUUCUACUUAAAUCUGUAUCAAUUCAUAAAUGUCUUCCCAAUUUCCUCUGAAAUUUUCCAUUUCAUUAUUUCUUAUGCCACAGUAGUAUUCCAUUACAUAUACACACAUCAAUUUAGGUGUGCUUUUUGGGGGCUACUACAAUAAUCAUUGCAAUAAACAUUUUUGUAUAUAUAUAUAUAUAUAUAUUCUAUUCCUUUUUCUUUGAUUUCUUUGAGACACAGGACUAGUAGAAGUGUAACUGGGGAAAAGGGAAUAUAAAAUUUGGUAAAUAGACAUAAUUCAAAAUUGCUUUCCAGAAAGGCUGAAUCAGUUCAUAGCUCCACCAGUAAUAAUACAUUUGAAUACUUGUUUUCCCACAGCCCUUCGUACAUUCUCAUUUUCCUCUUUAGUCUUCAUUGCUAGUCGGAUGAGUGUAAGAUGGAAUCUAAAAUUCUAAUUUAAUUUCUCUAGUUAUUUGCGUUUUAGACAUUUUUUUAAUGUGAUUGUUGCUAGCUUGGAUUUCAUUUGAAAACUGCCUAUUGAUAUCUUUCCCUUUGAACAUUUAUCUAUUAGGGAAUAGCUCAAUGUUAGAAAUAUUAAAUUAGUUUCAUCUAUCAUGGAAAUGAUACUUAACAGGUAAAGUUGUGGCAAAGAUUUUUUUCCCCUAAAUUACUUCCUUCCUUUCUACUUUUUACUACAUUAGAUAUGUUUGUGGAGAAGCUUUAAAAAUGUUAUUAAUCAAAACCGUCAGCUUAUUGUGUGAUCCUUUCUGUUGCUUGUUUCAAAUAUCCUCAUGCAUAGAUCUUAAAGCUAAUUUGUUUCAAUGAUGACCUUUCAUAUCUAGGCUAUGUAUCCAUUUAGAAUGUAUCUUUGUUGGAUAGUGUGACUUGUUUAUCAAACUUGAUUUUUGUUCUAAACUUAAUUUCUGCUAGAUUUUUCCCCCUCUAGGAAUUGCCCCCUCCCCCAGGAAUUUUUUCUUUUCCUAGGAAUUGUUAUCAAAGAGUAAGCCCUUUCCCCUCAUAACGAGGAUCUUUAGUUUUACCAAAAAUUAAGAUAGUGUAUUUAUUUAUUUCCCUAUAUGGAAUACCUAAACUAAACUGUUCCAUUGGAUGAUAGCUCGCUCUCUCUCUCUCUCUCUCUCUCUCUCUCUCUCUCUCUCUCUCUCUCUCUCUCUCUCUCUCUCUUUCUCUCUCUCUCUCUCUCCCUCCCUCUCUCCCUCCCUCCUUCCCUCCCUCCCUCACUCUUUCUCUCUUCCCUCCCUCUCUUCCCCCCCCCCUUGGUACUGAUAGACCCCUUUUCUUCCCACAUUUUAAAAUCAUUACCUUUGAGAGUCUUGAGUUUUGUUACUUAAUAUGAAUUUCAUUAUUAUUUUUUUUCUAAUUCCACAAAAUAUUCUUUGGUGAGUCUCAUUGCUGUUGCACUGAAAAAACAAAUUAGAUAGUAUUGUCAUUUCCAUUGAAUUGGGUAAACUUAAUGAAAAUAAUGUUUGUCAAAUCAUUUCGAUCUGUCUAUUUCUUCAAAGAGUGUUUUAUAAUUUGAUUCAUACAGGCCCUAAGCAAGUCUUAAUAAAUGGACUCCCAAGAAUUGUGUAAUUUCAGUAUUUAUUUUAAAAAGAAUUUCUUGGGGGCAGAGUCAACAUAAUAGAGAAGGAUCAGGGAGCCUUCUGAUCUCUCACAAAUUACUCUACAAACAACUUAGAUAUAACACCUCAAAUGAAUGUUAGAGCAGCAGAACCCAGAGAGGGACAGGUUAAACAAUUUUUCAGCCCCAGACAACUUAGAAGGGUAGCACAAAAUGUCUGUCCCUCCAUAGUGAGAGUAGAGCACAGACCAACACACCAAGGUAAGCCCUACCUAUGUAGCUCAGCUCAGGCCUUAGAGCACCUGAAUCAGCAAAAAUGUCUUUUGGAGCUCUCAGCCCAAUGAUGGGGCUCAGACUACUGGUCAGAAAGAUUACAAAAGUCCUUUUGCUAUCUCUGGGUGAAAAUAUAUAGACACACCACACACACGUAUCCAGCUAUCUGUGAAAGGGGCUGCAUAAAAAUCCUGAAAUAUGGGACAAUUCACCAUAGGAACAAAAACCAACUUCAGUAGAGUUUUCUUUUGUUUUUCACCUCAGUUUAAAGUCAAGAAAACGUUUGGGAAAAUGAGCAAAGAAAAAAGGAAAUUCAACCUAUUUUGGCAACAGAGAAGACCAAAACACAAACUCAAUUUGCCAACAACAAAUUCAAUACUGUUGAAUCCAGAGACUCAAAGAAAAAUAUAAGUUGGUCUCAAUCUCCAAAAAAAAAAAAUUACUGUGAGGCUCAAAAAUUAUUUUAAAAACCAAAUAGAGGGAGAAGAAAAAUUUGUCAAAGCAAUGCGAGUAACAUAAGAGAAUCAUAACUCAAUCUGGUGUAUAAUCUGGUGGUGUAUAAUCUUUCUACCUGCCUGUUGGAGGAAAUGUGUGGGGAGGCAUGGUGAUGAGUGAUUGGAUCUAAGGGCCAUUGUAGCACUGGAGAGAGAGGAUCAGUCUACUAGGGAGACUAGCAGCUAGAGAGAAUGAGAUAAGAAGGACAGGAAAGAUUGUGGACCAGCAUGCUUGAGAAGGAAUGAGCAGAAGAAUCACAGCACCAUGACUGGGGGCUAUGAUCUUCAUUUAUUGUGGCAAAGAGAAAGACUUCUAGAAAGUAGACUACUAAACAUUACAACAUUCUUUUUUGUGUUUGUUUAAUUUUAUAGUAUUUUAUUUGAUCAUUUCCAUGCAUUAUUCAUUAAAGACAAUGAUCAUUUUCUUUUCCUCCCCUCCACCACCCGGUAGCCGACGCUAUAUUCCACUGGGUGUCAUAUGUGUUCUUGCUUCGAACCCAUUGCCAUGUUGUUAAUAUUUGCAUUAGAGUGUUCGUUUAGAGUCUCUCCUCUGUCAUGUCCCCUCAACCGCUGUAGUCAGGCAGUUGCUCCUCCUCGGUGUUUCUACUCCCACAGUUUGUCCUCUGCUUAUGGAUAGUGUUUUUUCUCCUAGAUCCCUGCAGAUUGCUCAGGGACAUUACACCACUAAUAAUGGAGAAGUCCAUUACGUUCGAUUAUACCACAGUGUGUUUGUCUCUGUGUACAAUGUUCUCCUGGUUCUGCUCCUCUCACUCUGCAUCACUUCCUGGAGGUCGUUCCAGUCUCCAUGGAAUUCCUCCACUUUGUUAUUCCUUUUUGCACAAUAGUAUUCCAUCACCAACAUAUACCACAAUUUGCUCAGCCAUUCCCCAAUUGAUGGGCAUCCCCUCGUUUUCCAAUUUUUGGCCACCACAAAGAGCGCAGCUAUGAAUAUUUUUGUACAAGUCUUUUUGUCCAUUAUCUCUUUGGGGUACAGACCCAGCAGUGCUAUGGCUGGAUCAAAGGGUAGAUAUUCUUUUGUCGCCCUUUGGGCAUAGUUCCAAAUUGCCCUCCAGAAUGGUUGGAUCAGUUCACAACUCCACCAGCAAUGAAUUAAUGUCCCUACUUUGCCACAUCCCUUCCAGCAUUCAUUACUUUCCAUAGCUGUCAUGUUAGCCAAUCUGCUAGGUGUGAGGUGAUACCUCAGAGUUGUUUUGAUUUGCAUCUCUCUGAUUAUAAGAGAUUUAGAACACUUCUUCAUGUGCUUAUUAAUAGUUUUGAUUUCUUUAUCUGAGAACUGCCUAUCCAUGUCCCUUGCCCAUUUAUCAAUUAGGGAAUGGCUUGAUUUUUUGUACAAUUGAUUCAGCUCUUUAUAAAUUUGAGUAAUUAAACCUUUGUCAGAGGUUUUUAUGAAGAUUUUUUCCCCAAUUUGUUGUUUUCCUUCUGAUUUUAGUUACAUUGGUUUUGUUUGUACAAAAGCUUUUUAAUUUGAUGUAGUCAAAAUUAUUUAUUUUACAUUUUGAGAUUCUUUCUAUGUCUUGCUUGGUUUUAAAGUCUUUCCCCUCCCAAAGGUCUGACAUGUAUACUCUUCUGUGUUUAUUUUGUCUAAGGUGAUUUUGAAUGGGAUUUCUCUUUCUAGUUUUUGCUGCUGAGCUGUGUUGGAGAUAUAUAGGAAAGCUGAUGACUUAUGUGGGUUUAUUUUGUAUCCUGCAACUUUGCUGAAGUUGUUGAUUAUUUCAAUUAGCUUUUUGGUUGAAUCUCUUGGAUUCUUUAAGUAGACCAUCAUGUCAUCUGCAAAGAGUGAUAACUUGGUCUCCUCCUUGCCUAUUUUGAUGCCUUCAAUUUCUUUUUCUUCUCUAAUUGCUACUGCUAGUGUUUCUAGUACAAUGUCAAAUAAUAGAGGUGAUAAUGGGAUCCUUGUUUCACUCCUGAUCUUAUUGGGAAUGCAUCUAAUUUAUCCCCAUUGCCGAUGAUAUUAGCUGAUGGUUUUAGAUAUAUACUGUUUAUUAUUUUUAGGAACGACCCUUCUAUUUCUAUGCUGUCUAGUGUUUUCAAUAGGAAUGGGUGUUUUAUUUUAUCAAAGGCUUUUUCUGCGUCUAUUGAGAUAAUCAUGUGGUUCUUGUUGGUUUGCUUGUUAAUGUGAUCAGUUAUGUGGAUGGUUUUCCUAAUAUUGAACCAGCCCUGCAUCGCUGGUAUAAAUCCUACUUGAUCAUGAUGAAUGAUCCUUCUGAUCACUUGCUGGAGUCUUUUUGCUAGUAUCCUAUUUAAGAUUUUUGCAUCUAUAUUCAUUAGGGAGAUUGGUCUAUAGUUUUCUUUCUCUGUUUUUGACCUGCCUUGUUUUGGAAUCAGUACCAUGUUUGUGUCAUAAAAGGAGUUUGGUAGAACUCCCUCUUUGCUUAUUAUGUCAAAUAGUUUGUAUAGUAUUGGUAUUAACUGUUCUAUGAAUGUUUGAUAGAAUUCACUGGUGAAUCCAUCAGGCCCUGGGGAUUUUUUCUUAAGAAGUUCUUUGAUGGCCUGUUGCAUUUCAUUUUCUGAUAUGGGAUUAUUUAAGAAUUUUAUUUCUUCUUCUGUUAGUCUAGGCAGUUUGUAUUUUUGUAUAUAUUCAUCCAUAUCACUUAAAUUGGCGUAUUUAUUGCCAUAUAAUUGGGCAAAGUAAUUUUUAAUGAUUGCCUUAAUUUCCUCUUCAUCAGAGGUGAUGUCCCCCAUUUCAUCUUUGAUGCUGUUAAUUUGCUUUUCUUCCUUCCUUUUUUUAAUUAGAUUGACCAGUACUUUGUCUAUUUUGUUUGUUUUUUCAAAGUACCAGCUUCUUGUCUUAUUUAUUAAAUCAAUAGUUCUAUCACUUUCAAUCAUUACAACAUUCUUGAGGGGUGUUACUUUCCCACAGGAUGAUGUUUAUGAAAAAUACUUCACAUGUGAACAUUGCUGGGUUGCUAUUACAGACAAGCAAAUUGAGAAACAGUGAUUGUUAAUCUGUUGUUGGGGAAAGGGCAUGCUUGGUACUUUCAGUCAUGAUGUUACAAGGAAUUCUUUGCUCUUCAGAAUGAGGGAGGACUCAGGGUUUAAUGAUGACCUAUGAUGGAGAGCAGCAGUGCCUUUAUUUGAGAGAUUGGGACCUUGCCAGCAAUCUCAGGCAAGCAUGGAUGCUUUCCUCAGUGGGCCUCACACCUGCCAAUGCUUUAUUUAAGAAUUUUGCAUCUGUGUUUAUUAGGAUUAUUGGCCUGAAGUUUUUCUUUAAUUCUCCUCUGCCUUUUUUUAGGUUUUAAGAUCAUAUUUGCAUAAUGGAAAAGAGACUGGAGAGAUGCUUUAUUUUCUUAAUAUUGCAAAUUAUAUAUUGCAUUAUGAAGUAUUAUAAUGAAUUGAUAAAAUUCCUUUUUUAAUAUCUAAUUCUGAAAAAAAAAUUUUGAUAUUUAUU